AUGUCGCAAGAGAUUACGCAGAAAGACAACAAUGACCAUCUGGUCCAGUCUUCCGACCCGGAUCACCCCGCCAACAUGAUCCCCGACCUGUGUCGCAAAUUCUACAACUGGGGCUGGGUGACCGGAACGGGUGGAGGGACCUCAAUUCGUCGCGGCGAUCACAUCUUCAUCGCUCCCUCGGGUGUGCAGAAGGAACUGAUGCAACCGCAUAACAUCUUCGUCCUCGAGUUCCCCACUCCCAAGUACCCCCCGUCCGAUCGCAAGUACAUUCGCAAACCUCUGGAUCUGAAACCCUCCGCCUGCACUCCGCUCUUUCUGGCGGCCUUCGAACGUGGCGCGGGCUGCUGUAUCCACACUCAUUCGCAGUGGGCUGUCCUGGUGACGCUGCUGGUUGAGCGCGAGAAGGGACCCGGCGGAUACUUCGAGAUUAGCAACAUCGAGCAGAUCAAGGGUAUUCCCCGUGGCAAGGGCAAGGGGAUGAUGGGCUUCCACGAUACUCUUCGCAUCCCCAUCAUCGAAAACACUGCCUUUGAGGAGGAUCUCACCGGUAGCUUGGAAAAGGCGAUGGAGGAGAACCCGGAUACUUAUGCGGUGCUGGUGAAGAGACACGGAAUCUACGUCUGGGGCGAUGAUGUUGCCAAAGCCAAAACCCAGUGUGAGAGUUUGGAUUAUCUCUUCCAGCUGGCUGUGGAGAUGCACAAGCUGGGCCUUCCGUGGGUGAAAUAA